CUGUUGCAAUACCGUUCUGUUCUCAUCAGAGCCACAGCACAGGAUGCUGGUUUUGCUGUUGUGAAGGAGUGACCAUGAUGGUUGAGUCACUGGCCACAGCGUUUGGGUGUGUAUUUGUCCAGAGUUUGAGUUCACAUCCCACAGAAGCAGCAUGCUAGAACGAGACGGGGAUCUACCGAAAUAGGUCGUCUUUGACUCAGAGAAGGAAAGAGGGUGAGCAGGGAGAAGGAUUGCCCGUGCCUCAGUGAUGAGAAACUCCAGGAUGAGCUGCCCUCUUGGCUGAGUUUGACCAGUCCUGGGCCAUGCUUGAUAGGAAAAUGUUCGAAAGCGGUAUUUUCCCUUGAUAGAUACCACAUGGAGGAAUUCUGUUGAGCUUUUCCUCGCCUCCAGUUGGUUACAUCUGGCUGGCAGGUCUCAAAAACGCAGAGCUCUAUCAGGGGCUCCUGGACUGUUCAGGAAAACCAAGGUCUGGCGACCUGGGAACGCUGUUCCCUGCACGGUGUUUCUCAUCGCAGGAACACAGGUGUUAGCACGAGUGCAGCUCAGGUUGUGGCAGUGACUUUGUAGCAGAGAUCCUUUUCCCCAGGGUCGGGGUGAAUCGAGGUCCAUAGGUGGAACACAAGCACAUCUGUGCAGCCAAGGCUUGCAGGGCAGCAGUCUGCAGGAUAAACAGUUGGCUUCAGCCCACAGAGCUCUGGCAGCACGAAGCUCAUGUUGAAAUGUAGAAAUAACCGAUGACAAGGGCAGGCUGCCACUGUUCUCUAUUCAUCGUAUCUCUUAAUGAGACUUACCCGGUCCUGCUAUGAGGGCCUGCCAGCAGGGAGGGCCGACACAAAGCCCCCGAUUGUCGUCCACUUGCCCCCCUCCAGCCGACUCGCAAGGUGAGCAGGAAGAGCGGUUUUAUACACUGACAGCACCGCUCGGCAGCCCUGGCCCCCCCUCCUUUCCUUUGGCUCUCCCCAGGCGGCAGCUCUAAGGUUUCACCCUCCCCGUCGCUCUGAGCCGAGGAGCACCUGGCUGGGAAGCACUUUGGCUGCGAGUGACAUAUAUUUAUGUUUCACAGAUACAGAAGCUUAGAUUUCCCAGUCACGCCUGGAGCUGAGGAUCAUGCAUAGUCCGUCCGCUGUCAGGAGGCAGAGCUGCAGGAGCAAGGUCCUCAUCUGAAGUGGAGGAUGGAGAGUAGGAACGGCACCAGCAAUGCUGUCUCUGCAGACAGGAGCACCGCAGCGCACCUCACAGCCCCAUCCAGGACAUUCUGGAUCAUCUUGUCCGUUGCCUUGUUUUUUGCAGUUGUUGGCAUCAGCGUUGUGGGGGUUCUCAGCUUCUCCCCCAGCUCUGCCCAGGCUGGCUCGCAGCUCGUCCGGCUAACGGUCCAGGGCCAGCAAGACCCGCUGAGGAAUCAGACAGCCUUGGUGGACAAGUCCAGGAGCACUGUGACCUACUACAUAACCUCGCAGAGUAACCACACCGCUGUGGUGCUGUAUGACAGCAGGAACGGCUAUGUGUGCUACAAGCCGGUGGAGCAGCAUGUGUGCUACCUGAGGAGGAUGGAUGCCUGGGACCUCCAGACCCUACAGAUGACCCUCAACACAUCUGAGCAGAGAGGUGAUCAGCUGCUACGUCAGAAUAACCAGACCGAGUACUACCGGGAGUUCCUGGGCAUUCUGGCAAGGCAAGCGGUGGACCCCAAAAGCCUAGGGGAGGCUGUCCAGACCCUGUGUGAGCAGACAUCAAUCUUCUGGGUCAGGAGAGGGGAGGGCCCAGGGAAGCAGCGGCUGAUCUACCUUUGCAUUGACAUCUGUUUUCCAAGCAACGUUUGUGUAUCUAUCUGCUUCUAUUACCUCCCUGAGUAAGUCCUGCGGCUGCGGAUG